AUGGGAGCCCUGCGAUCAGCCCUUCCCGUCCCCGCCGAGGGCAGGCGCCGUCCCGACUCCGUGUCGAAACGGCGAGGCGGCGGAAGGAGCGGGGGCGGGAGAGCUUCGUUUACCCGCCGCGGCGUUCGACGUGGAGCCUGCGAGCUGUGGUGCCUCGGCGGUGGCAGGGCCAGCGAAACGGACCGCACCGCACCGGAGCCGGGCGCAGUGCCCGCGUAGCGGCUCGAUAUGGGGGGCUUUUUCUCCACCAUCUUUUCCAGUUUGUUUGGAACUCGAGAGAUGAGGAUUCUCAUUCUGGGACUGGACGGAGCAGGAAAAACAACCAUUCUCUACCGGUUACAAGUUGGAGAAGUUGUUACCACUAUUCCAACCAUUGGCUUCAAUGUUGAGACAGUGACGUACAAGAACCUGAAAUUUCAAGUCUGGGACUUGGGAGGACAGACAAGCAUAAGGCCCUAUUGGCGGUGUUACUAUUCAAACACAGACGCAGUCAUUUAUGUAGUGGACAGCUGUGAUCGGGACAGAAUUGGCACUUCAAAAUCAGAGCUUGUUGCUAUGCUAGAGGAAGAAGAGUUGAAGAAAGCUAUUUUGGUGGUGUUUGCAAAUAAGCAGGACAUGGAGCAGGCCAUGACUCCCACUGAAAUGGCAAAUGCACUUGGCUUACCAGCUUUGAAGGACCGAAAAUGGCAGAUAUUCAAAACCUCAGCAACUAAAGGCACGGGGCUCGAUGAAGCAAUGGAAUGGUUGGUGGAGGCCUUGAAGAGCCGGCAGUGAGCAGAAGCCAACCCUUCCAAAGAAGUUUCAGCUGUUUCUAUCUGACAUCCCUCUUCCUGCAGUCAGGUACUUUCAGGCCACAACUGCUUGUAAAUAGGACAGAUUUGACUCUUGAAAGGUGGAUGCCUCUCUUGAAUUGUAAAACUGAACUAGGUGAAGGUCUGUGUACAUGACAAUAUUCCAUUUCUGUCUUUCUGUUUAAGCAAUGUACUUAUGUUAAUUUGUAUGAAAGUCUUACGGGCUGGGAAAAGGUUUUUUUGGUGUUGUGUCCCCACCCCCCACCCUACCUUCAGUGGUUUUAAGUCCAAGUGGCCACUGUGUUUGUGUAAUUAAAACACUAAUAAAAUCUGGAACUGUCAA